GUGUGUAGCGAGUAAUUGUUUUUAGCAAGCGAACGUAAACUCGUUCAGUAGCUAUAGUUUUACUAUAUGAUGUCGGAGCGGUUGUCUUUUCCAGUCUUCGAGUGGCUCUUAAUAAGUGUAGUCUUCUUGUCCGGAAAAAUCUUGAGCAAAUUUUCAUAACGAAGUAAACAAAAAGUAUUACUUAAAUUUUAACAAGCGAACAUGAAAAAAUUAAACUGUUGAAAUAUUUAAUUGGUAUUAUUAAACGCCACUAAACAUAUUUAAUCGUCUAUCGAAUAUAAUCGCUACUUGAUCAGGGAGUAAAAACCUACUUUUAAGAAAAAUAUGUCUGAUUCCUUUACUUUCGAAAUGAGUUCGACCGAACGCCCAGUAAAUCGCUUCCAAGUGAAUCCUGUGAGUCAUAAAGUGAAUGAGAACAUACAAGUAAAUGUGCCACAAGAGGUCUAUCGUCGUUUAGUAAACAACGACGGGGAAACAUUAGAAGACGAUACGUUCAAUGAAGAUGCUACAGAAAUCUUAAAUAAACAAAAUCUGCAGCGAACACAAAGGCAAUCCAUCAAAAGCAGCUUUCGUGAUAAAGACAAACCUUCACGGUUCAAAGACUUUCAAUCGCAAACAACCCGAUUUCAAGUAGCUCCACCAAAUGAGGAGGAUUCGGACGACUCCAGCGGCUCUAAGGAAGAUCGCGAAUUAUUGGAAAAUGAGUAUGACACCAAAUAUGGAAAAAGUUUUCGACAUUUCACCCGCGAGGCGUUACCAAGAUUGGAUAACUAUCGAAAUAUUAUGUCCAUACAGGCCGCUUAUCGUCCCACUCUUGAUGAAUUGCACAAUGCAACCUUGACCGGAAAGAGCGCCAGCUUAAACCGCAAUCAGGAUCCGGAAGCGGCCAACAUGAAUGGGGUUUUAAAAUUUGGCUGGAUUAAGGGAGUAUUAGUCCGUUGCUUGCUCAACAUUUGGGGCGUAAUGCUGUUUUUACGUCUCAGUUGGGUAGUGGGGCAGGCAGGAAUCAUAGAAGGUUACAUUUUGAUUUUAACAACGACUGUCGUUACUUGUGUCACGUCCUUGUCGAUGUCAGCGAUUAGUACAAAUGGUGUUAUCAAAGGGGGUGGGACGUAUUAUAUGAUAUCGCGUUCGCUGGGUCCUGAAUUUGGUGGGUCUAUUGGUAUGAUAUUUUCGUUGGCAAAUGCCGUAGCCUGUGCUAUGUACGUCGUGGGUUUUUGCGAGUCUAUGUUAGACCUGUUGGGCAGUUUCGGUCUCAGUAUUAUCGACGGUGAUGUUCAAGAUGUGCGGAUAAUUGGCUGUAUUACUAUUUCCAUUUUACUUGUUAUUGUUGUGGUUGGUAUGGAAUGGGAGGCGAAGGCGCAAAUUGGUUUACUCAUUAUUUUAUUGGUAGCUAUAGGAGAUUUUAUAAUCGGUUCAAUAAUUGGUCCAAAGAGCGAAGAAGAAAAAGCUAAAGGUUUCAUUGGCUACAAUGCGACGAUCUUAAAGCAGAAUCUUUUUCCGGACUAUCGAGUAGAAAAUGGAGUGCAACACAAUUUUUUCUCAGUUAUAGCGAUAUUCUUCCCCGCUGCCACUGGUAUUUUGGCAGGCGCAAAUAUAUCCGGUGAUUUAAAGGAUCCACAAAAAUCGAUACCAAAAGGUACCCUGCUGGCCAUACUAAUUUCGACCGCGACAUACCUGUUGAUGGUUUUCAUAUGUGGUGCUACUGUAGCUCGCGAUGCCACCGGAGAUGUGUUAGAUCUAGUAAACGGCUCAUACGCUUUUUUGAAUUGCACUUCAGCAAGAAAUCCAGAUGAUUGCCAAUACGGUUUGCAAAACUCAUUUCAAGUAAUUGAGCUGGUGUCCGGUUUUGGGCCAUUGAUAUAUGCUGGCUGUUUUGCGGCAACUAUUUCUUCAGCAUUAGCCAGUUUGGUAUCUGCACCGAAAGUAUUUCAGGCGCUGUGUAAAGACGAACUCUAUCCCAAGAUCGUGUGGUUUGCCAAAGGUUAUGGCAAUAACAAUGAGCCAGUUCGUGGAUAUGUGCUAACGUUUAUCAUAGCUGUUGCCUUCAUUCUAAUUGGAAAACUCAAUUUGAUCGCGCCGCUUAUUUCGAAUUUCUUCCUCGCCGCCUAUAUGCUCAUUAACUUCAGUACUUUUCAUGCUAGUUUAGCGAAACCUGUGGGCUGGCGGCCAACAUUUAAGUAUUACAAUAUGUGGCUCAGUUUGGUGGGCUCGGUACUGUGUGUUGCUGUUAUGUUUCUUAUCUCGUGGGUGACAGCGCUCAUCACCUUUGUAGCAGUGUUGGCUCUAUACUUAAUUGUGGCGUAUCGCAAGCCCGAUGUUAACUGGGGCUCGACAACACAAGCACAGACUUACAAAAACGCGCUGAUAUCAGUGCAGCAGCUAAACAAUGUGGAAGAACACGUUAAGAACUAUCGGCCGCAGAUACUGGUUUUAUCGGGUUUGCCCAAUACACGACCAGUUUUGGUUGACUUUGCCUACAUGUUGACGAAGAAUCUCUCAUUGCUCGUUUGUGGGCAUGUGCUUCGUGGUUCAAGUUCUCAACGCUACAGAAAUUAUCUGCAAGAGCGUGCCACGACUUGGUUUCGCAAACACCGCGUGAAGGGUUUCUAUUCUCUCGUAGACGGAGAGGACUUCGAAUCAGGUUCCCGUGCUUUAAUGCAGGCUUGCGGAAUUGGAAAAUUGAAACCGAACAUUUUGCUCAUGGGCUAUAAAAAUGACUGGCAGGCAUGCGACAAGAAGGAUUUGGAUCAAUAUUUUAAUGUUAUGCACAAGGCAUUAGAUAUGUAUUUAUCGGUGGCUAUAUUGCGUUUACCCAAUGGGCUCGACUGCUCACAGAUUUUGGGCGAUGAAAGUAGCGCCGCCAAAAAUGUACUUGACAUUCCACGCACUCUUCAACCGAAUGAGAGUUCCGCCGAUUUGAUGUCCGCGGAUAGAGCUGUACAAAAUGGACUAAGUGGAAGUAUGGAUUCCCUCAGUCGCAACGUAUCACAAGAUGCCGGAGACUUGUCAAACACAGGGAAUGGUUUGAAGCAAUUAAAAUCCUCCAGCACUAGCGAUUUAUCAUUUAUGGCAGGAUCCCAAGUUAAAGAGGUAUCUGGUUUACCCGAUCCAGUUGAUCCAAAAUCCGCUCAACUGUUGACAAAUUCUUUGCGUAAAUCGAAGCAGAAACAUAACGACCCCGCUUCUUUGUAUAAGGGUCCGGGAGGUGCUGAAUUGCCAAAAGAAAUAUUGAUGGAACUGACCCAAUUCACACGAAAACGCGGUCAUGCAAUUAUUGAUGUUUGGUGGUUGUACGACGACGGAGGUCUAACUCUGCUUCUGCCUUACAUAAUUAGCACCCGACGAACCUGGCAAUCGUGCAAAUUGAGAGUAUACGCUCUGGCAAAUAAAAAGGCUGAACUGGAGUUUGAACAACGAUCAAUGGCAAGUUUACUAUCUAAGUUCCGCAUCGAUUACUCAGAUUUGACGUUAAUUCCCGACAUAACGAAAAAACCUCAAGAAACGUCAACAACUUUCUUUAAUGAACUUAUCAAGGACUUUGUGAGUAGCGAUAGAGAUAAUGGAGCCCCAAAUGCAAUGCCCGAAGAUGAAGCCUUUAUAAGCGAAGAUGAUCUGAUGGCGGUACAGGACAAAACCAAUCGUUAUUUACGUCUUCGCGAGUAUUUACACGAGCAAUCAAUGAAAUCCGAUCUGGUCGUAAUGACUUUACCGAUGCCUCGCAAGAACAUUGUUUCAGCACCAUUAUAUAUGGCGUGGCUUGAGAGUUUAAGCCGAGAUAUGCCACCAUUCCUGUUUGUGCGCGGCAACCAGACAAGUGUUUUGACAUUUUACUCUUAAAAAUUGCACUCAAUACACGUCCACAUAUGUACGCGUAUGCAUGUGUGUAUGUACAUACAUAUAUCCAGCAUCAUUGGACAAUAUUGUGUGUAUCUAUAAUAAGAAAACCAAUUGGUUACCUUUCAUUGAUUGUUUUUUCGUUUACAAUUCCAUAUUUAUUUGAUUUAGUUAAUUUAAAAAUAGCACUUAAUUUGAUAAUUUGAAGCUUUGUUAGUGUAAAGAUGAAAUUAA